AAGAAUCACAUGCAAUUCGGUUUCAUGCAACAGAAAAGAAAAGCAGAAGCAGCUCUUUUGAGCAUUGAACAAGAUUUUUGGGGGAGUGGGUGUGUAAUGCACGAGAUCUGAAUGUUUUGAGGGAGGAGAUGCAGAGUUUGGUGGGAUAUCCUUGUGCAGGAGCUUCAGCUGGGCUGAGGUCUAAAUGUAAUAAUGGUGUUAAAGCAGGUCCCCGGCUGGUCAGUGGCCAUGGGGGAUGCCCAGCGCAGCAGCAACAGAGAUUUGGUGGGUUGCAGAGGAAGAAGACGCCUUUUGAUCUUCACAGGCGAGUAUGGGGGCCUAAACAGGCCUGGCUUAGCGCUCUCCAAGCUUUGGAACACCCUAAAGAUACCCAAUGGGUUCUUCAGCCCACUGGUGAUGGGAGAAGUGAACACCUAAACACAGAACUGGCUGCUCCUAGUGCAUUCUCUGUGGGAGAUGUGGGCAUUGUACAGGAUGUGACCACCAUUGGACGAGUUGCAGGGAGAGUUGAUGUUGUGAUUCCAAUAGCCACAGUUUCGGGAGUGCAUGCGCGGUUGGAGAGAAUAGAGGGCAAUCUGUUUGUAACGGACCUGGGGAGCACCAAUGGCACAUACAUUGAUAAUAACAGAAUUAAGGCUUGGACGCUUUCUCCUCUCUCUCCUGGGAACCGCCUUACAUUCGGGGAUCAUCAUUUAGCAACAUUUUAUAUCUCACAAUCAACGUAAGAGAUAUCAUUGAACAUUGACAACUUUGGAAUGUGAUGAACACAUAUUACUAAUAAAUAAAAAUUGUUUUGAUCGAAUUUAUGUACAUUUUUCUUAAGAUUAAGAAAAACGUUGAAUAUCAGUAUGAGAGUAAUGUAUAAACGAUACAUGUUGAAUGCAAACUUUUUUUAAAAGAAUAUAUAUUAUAAGCUUUUACUAUA